ACAUGUUUAUGGAGUAAUGUCACUAUUAAUCAAAUUAUUCUUUGUAUCCGUGAGCUGCAUUUGGUCAAAAGUCUGCCCUUUUUUUUGAUGUAACAAUCGCAAAGCGGCUUUCAAAGUAAAUGUGGAUGGUUUGGCGGUUAUCAGAAAUUUUGGUCGCUAAAAACGAUUUACAAUAGGGUGAUGAUAAGGUAAUGAAGGGCCAUAUUUAACACUGCAACAAAGGUCCUUUUAGUUGCUUGAUGCAAAAUGAUGAAUCCAACUCAUCUAGUAGUCUUCAUUUAAUCUAAUCAAAAAAAUAUAAAUGAGGAUUUUUCUAUAAGAUUAAGGAGAGUGAAUAAAAGGGAAAAAAACACUAGAUGAAUAGGUUUGUGAGCUGACUUUAUUAGAUAAUAAGUAGAGAGGAAAUAUUUGCUAGGAAUUUGACUAUAGGACUGAUUAAUAUGAGACAUUUUGCAAUGAAAUAAAAUUUGAAGUAUGUACAACAGAUUAAUAGAUACUGUAGAACCAUCAAGUACGGAUUUUGUGUAGUGUUUUGUGGGGGAUAAAGUAGUGUAAUGUAACUACGUAAGAAGAUUUUGUGAAAGGGAUUUGCUGAUUAUUUGUCCUUUAUUGAUGAGGCCAAAAGGUUUAUAACUAUUGGGUUUCAGAUUGUAUUGAAUUAUCGUAAAAUGGCUAAUCAAAUAUAGACACUUUAUUUGAAGUUCUAACAUAUCAACCGAAAAUUUCUUAAUUGUCACAAUAGCAAGGUUAUUUACAUUCAACCCUCCAAAACUUAGCCUAGAUAUAACCGAUAUAAUGACAUUGAGGUAAUUACAUGUUUUUCUAUGUGCUCAUGUUGUUGUCUACUUGUCUUGGUGGUUUAUCUAAAGGUUGAUGCGUGUUAUGGGCUUAUUUCUUGGUGAUAGCUAAAGGAUAUUGUCUUGGAACUUUGUAAAUUAUUUACCUUUUCAAGUUAAUUGUAUAUCUAAACGAGAAUUUUGAUAAAUGGCUUUUAGCUAGCUUUUCGGCUGACUUUUGGCUUUUAGCUUGUUGGUUUGUCAAACAGCCAAAAAUGUGUUUCGUAUAUGGCUUUUAAGACCAAAAUCAUAAAGUUGCUCCGAGUAGCUUUUUGUUGUCUUUGCGACAACUAACAAAUCUAUCUCUUGUUUGAUGGAUUGAAUUAGAAAUCAAGAGUUCAGGGACAAACUAGGGGUAGCCCCUAUUUCUGAAAAAAUGCGCAAAAAUAGAUUGAGGUGGUUUGGACAUGUGCAGAGAAAGACAUUUGCCGCCCCUGUGAGGAGGGUAGAAAACAUUAUAGUAGAGGGUAAGAGGAGUCGAGGAAGACCCAGGAUAACUUGAAAUGAGCAAAUAAAAGUUGACUUACAUGAGUUAAACCUCUCUGAGGGCCUGACUAUGGAUAGGGGUAGUUGGAGGCGCCAUAUCCAUGUGUUAGACUACUGAUUGUCCUCUUAGAUUACCUUUUGGUGUUCUUGCCAUCUUGCUUCUCUCAUUUCUUUAUUAUUAGUGUUUGCUUUCUUUUAUUUUGUAGUUGGUUCUACUUAUUUAUUUUAUUUAUAUGCAUUUAAUUUAUCUUUCUCGCGUAGCUAUGUCUCCUUAUCUUUCUCGAGCCGAGGGACUCCUUUGGCUGCGCUCUCCUUUAUGGAUUACUUUGGUUGUGCUGAUUCAGCUUGCAACAGCAACCCUAUUACAUGAUGCUAGUUUCCCAAAAAUACUACUAGUAUCAUACUUCUUUGGUUCAUUCCUCAACCACAACUUAUUCUUAGCCAUCCAUGAACUAAGCCAUAACCUCGCUUUCUCUACUCCAUCAUACAAUCGUUGGCUCGGAAUCUUGGCAAACCUACCUAUUGGUGUGUCGAUGUCAAUCACAUUCCAAAAAUACCAUCUUGAACAUCAUAGGUAUCAAGGUGUUGAUGGAAUGGAUAUGGACAUUCCAAGCAAAACCGAGGCCUAUUUUGUUCGAAAUGCCUUCACUAAAUCCAUAUGGGUACUAUUCCAACUCUUCUUCUAUGCUCUCCGACCCUUAUUUCUCAAACCAAAACUGCCUUGUUUAUGGGAAUUCACUAAUUUUUCGAUCCAAUUGGCACUUGACGCGGCCAUGGUCCAUUUCUAUGGUUGGAGAUCAUUCGGUUAUUUAAUCUGUUCGACUUUUGUUGGUGGCGGGAUGCAUCCAAUGGCCGGUCACUUUAUAUCAGAGCAUUAUGUGUUCAAUCCCCAGCAAGAAACAUACUCUUAUUACGGCCCUUUGAACCUUCUAACAUGGCAUGUCGGUUAUCACAAUGAGCACCAUGAUUUUCCGAGGAUUCCAGGAACAAAGCUUCACAAGGUUAGAGAAAUUGCUCCUGAGUUUUAUGAUGGUUUGGAGUCAUAUAAAUCUUGGAGUCAAGUUAUAUACAUGUAUAUAAUGGAUAGAACUGUGGGGCCUUUCAGCAGAAUGAAGAGAAAACCCAAGAAGUCGUAGUAACAACAAAAGAUUGAGAUUGGCUACAUAAAUUAAUCAAUGGGUUACAAUGGUCAUCUACAUGAAUUCUUCUCCAUUCUUUUCGAUUUCCCAAGAAAUCAGAGUAAAGAUUGAAUUUUUACUGAAUUUUUUGAUUCUGUUUUCUUGUUUUCUUCUCAUUUUUUUGACAUUUACCCAAAAUUUCUGAUAUUGUAACAUCUUGAGGGAUUGGCAUAUGAUAUAGAGAUCAAUAGAGAAGGAUGCUAAAUAUUGCUAAAAUGUAUUCAUUCAUAAUCCAUUUACUUAUUCUUUCAGAUUGAUUUCCCUGCUGUAGAUGUGCUUUUGCUUAUUCAACUUUCUGCACAACUUAGUUUCCCUACUAGAUCAAUGAUGACGUGGAACUAAAAAUGAUUAAAACGGGUUUAAAUGGUUAAGUUCAGAUUACAGUCUAGUUUGACCCAACUUUCGGUAUUUGAUUCGUGUGAUUUUCGAGUCACUGAUCAAAAUUACCUAUGAUACUCACUGAUUUUUUGGUUCAGGCCAAUUUUGGAUUGGAUAAAAAUUCUGUCAAAUCCCAGACAUGCAAUAUGCAAAAUAUCACAUUCACCA